UUGGUGGCAUCUUAUUUCCGAGGGAUCUAUUGACGGCAGGGUACGUAUGUUUCCAAGACGCGCUGAAGUCUAAUAUACACUGGUCUCGACCAAACGCAAACUAUGGAUUUGGUUGGGGAUCAACGCGGGCCAAGCGGCACCCCGGAACGCACCAAGUCAAAAAUGGAGCCUCCAAUAAAGCUAAAACGAGAAAAAGGAAAAAAGUAAAAACUACCCUUCCUGGGGACUGGGGUGGCCCGUCGUCGUCUCUCUCAUCGAGCCCUCUCCGCCAUUCCGAACGGCACUGGGGAUCAAUCGCCAUCGUUUCGUCUCAGGACACUUGCAAUGCAUCGUGUGGGAAGUGCUGGUAACACAUCAAAUUCAUCACGUCCUAGAAAAGAAAAACGCUUAACAUAUGUGCUGAAUGAUGCCGAUGACACGAAGCAUUGUGCAGGUGUGAACUGCCUGGCUGUUUUAAAAUCUCUGUCUCCUGAUGGCUGUGAUUAUCUUUUCACUGGGAGCCGUGAUGGGACACUGAAGAGAUGGGCUUUGACUGAUAAUGAUGCUACCUACUCGGCAACAUUUGAGUCACAUGUUGACUGGGUUAAUGAUGCUGUUCUGGCUGGUAACACUCUUGUUUCAUGUUCAUCGGACACCACUGUGAAGACAUGGAAUUGCUUAUCUGAUGGUGCUUGUACGAGAACGCUCCGUCAACAUUCUGACUAUGUUAUUUGUCUUGCUGCGGCCGAAAAAAAUAGCAAUAUUGUGGCCUCUGGAGGCCUUGGUGGGGAGGUCUUCAUAUGGGAUAUCGAGGCAGCUCUUCUACCAACUGCUAAGUCUGUUGAUGCAACAGAAGAUGAAAUUUCAUAUGGAAACACUGGGAUUCCUAUGACAAGUUUGCGCUGUAUCAAUACAAGCAAUAACAUAUCUUUGCAUCACAAUCAAUCACAUGGGUAUAGUCCAAUUGCUGCCAAAGGCCAUAAGGAGUCAGUUUAUGCCCUUGCAAUGAAUGAUAGUGGAACCUUACUUGUUUCAGGUGGAACUGAAAAGGUUGUACGUGUUUGGGAUCCAAGAACUGGUUCAAAGAAUAUGAAGCUAAGAGGGCAUACUGAUAACAUCAGAACAUUGCUUCUUGAUUCAACUGGAAGGUUUUGCUUAUCAGGGUCGUCUGACUCAAUGAUUCGUCUAUGGGAUCUUGGCCAACAGCGUUGUGUACAUUCAUAUGCUGUGCAUACGGACUCAGUCUGGGCGCUUGCUAGUACUUCAUCGUUCACCCAUGUUUACAGCGGUGGAAGGGACCUUUCUUUGUACCUGACAGACUUGUCGACAAGAGAGAGCAUUUUGCUUUGCAUGAAAGAGCAUCCAAUUCUACAAAUGGCCUUAGAAGAUGACAGUAUAUGGGUUGCAACAACAGAUUCUUCUGUACAUAAAUGGCCAGCUGAAGGGCAUAAUCCUCAGAAGGUUUUUCAAAGAGGUGGCUCAUUCUUAGCUGGAAAUUUGUCUUUCACAAGGGCAAGGGCUUCUUUGGAAGGAUCUGCUCCUGUUCCUGUAUACCAAGAACCGUCUUUCACUAUACCUGGAAUUCCAGGAAUUGUACAACAUGAAAUCUUGAAUAAUAGAAGGCAUGUCUUGACUAAGGACACAGCAGGUUUGGUUAAGCUGUGGGAUAUUACCAGGGGAGACGUAAUUGAGAAUUAUGGCAAGGUUUCUUUUGAGCAAAAGAAGGAAGAGCUAUUUGAAAUGGUGAGCAUACCUGCAUGGUUUACUAUGGACACUCGGCUUGGAAGCUUGUCUAUCCACUUGGAUACUCCUCAAUGCUUUUAUGUGGAGAUGUAUGCUGUGGACUUGAAUGUAUCAGGUGCACCUGAAGAUCUCAAGAUUAAUCUAGCUCAGGAGACUCUUCGUGGUUUAUUGGCUCAUUGGUUGGCUAAAAGAAGACAGAGGUCCGGAUUCCAGGUUUCAUCUAAUGGUGAUAUUGCAUUAGGGAAGGAUGUCUCUGUUAGAAAUCUCUCCCAUUCAAGGGUUGAGGUUGAUGAUGGAACUGAAAACCAAACAUCCAUGGUGCUCCCUUCUUUUGAGUUUGCAACAUCUUCGCCUCCUUCAAUUAUUACAGAGGGCUCUCAUGGAGGUCCUUGGAGAAAGAAAAUUACUGAUUUAGAUGGGAUGGAAGAUGAGAAGGCUCUUCCAAUGUGGUGCAUGGAUUGUGUUUUGAAUGGUUGCUUGCCUUCAAGAGAAAAUACAAAGUAUAAAUGCAAAAUGCAUUGGACUUCUUAAGAUAACGAGUGUCAACAUUUUAGGAAAUUUACUAGGAAAGAAAUUUAUAAAGAGCCUUUGUAUUAUUAUACAACCUUGCUUUUGUUUUUCUCUUUAUUUAUUUAUUGCAUUGAACGUCAUUAGGAAGUAAAGAGUGCAGAAUGCUUCUAAAAUUUGAUUAUGUGACCAUGUGAUGAUUUUUCAAGUGGCAUAAGCAUCCAUAUUAAAGCAUCUUUUCCUCCAGAAAAAUAGGAAACGACAUACUAUUGCUGUAUCUGUUUUCUAAUUAGUUAAUGUUAGAAUCAUAAUAGCGUGGCUAAUGAAAGUUAGCAGCUCAGUAGACAUCUAUGUUUGUUUGGAUAAGUCUUGCUGCAUAGACUUUGUUGCACUAUUCUUCCGCUCAUGAUACUUCUCUUUUUUUUCUCUAGAUCAUUUUUAAUUAUUAUGUGAGAUUAUUUUAUCUUCCUUUCGUUCCGUUACGCUCCUCCUUUGUAGCUUCCUGGGAGAUCUUGGAGAUUCGGUGAUCAUACUAAAUAAUAAUUGGAUUGCUGUUGUUUUUUGUUAUUAAAAGAUAAUAACUGCGAUGCUCUUAAAUAUUGUCUUCCUAACGUUCUUAGAUAUUAGCAGACUAAGAAAGUACUGGGGAACAAUUUGAAAAUUUGAAUGCUGAAUGAAUUCAUAAAUUUUACUUUUCUGCUGUAUCAACAUGAGAGAGAUGCUUGGGGAUGUGGUCUUAGUGGUGUAGCUAACUGGUAAAUUUAAUUUUUAUGCUGUUUUUAUGUCAUAGAUAGAGAAAGUUUUCAAAAAAAAAUCACUUCUCAGAAUUUCCAAGUAAUUAUGAUGCUUGAGAUAGUAUAGAUAGAAGUGUUGGCAUGUUCCACUGUGCGAUGCUAUGACAGGCUGGUGCCAGCAUUGGGCAUGCAUGUGUAUCGUGAUUCCCUGUAUCUAUACUAUAUGUGCCAGCAUAUAGUAUAGAUAGAAGUAAUUAUAACAACAAAUUUGGAAAGUUUGACAUGUUUGACAUGUUUUGUUUGAAACCUGAUAUCUUGUUAGGCAAUUUGUCUCCCACAUUUAUUCCUUGUUUCAACCAAGAUUAUUGUUGUAUCUUCAUUGCAUUUUUCUUAUUUGGUCUACAUUCUUCCAAUAUGCAAUUAGUAUGUUAUAUAAUUCCUAAUUUACAUUAACACUUAAUAGGCACGUAGCAGUCAGGCAAGUUUAUCAAAUAGAGUGCUAUUACCCCUCUGAUAUUAGGAGUGAAAAAUCAUAGAAUGAAGAGUUCAAGUUGAAACUCGAAUUGAUUUAGAACAUAAACAUCAUAAAUGCCUUUCUGAAGGUAGAAAUCUGUUUAGCCUCAUUUCUAUACUCAAUGCAUUUUAUACUCCUAGUUCACCUCUGUUAGCUUGCUUGCUUUGUCUUUCCCAGUCCUGCAUUCAUUACUUUUCCUACCUUUCUUCACAUUCAUUGAAAGAUCCUGCCUAGUUAUUCCUGAUUGAUGUACCCAGGUUUCUUGUUUCAGGAAGGAAGCAUGCUCUAGACUAUUUCUUGAAAAUAUAGUACAACACGAUGUGUUGAUACGUUUAUAGUCAAAGUAUGCAAAAUUACACAUAUGCAUGCAUGCAUGGAUGUUUAUAUGUAUAUGCAUAUGUAGAUAGAGUUGGACUUGGCUGCACUUGAGUGGAUCCCCACUCAGAUCCGGUCAGGUCUACAUGGGAUAAAAGGUGUGAGGAUCCGUGUAGGCAUGUGUUUAGUUCUACAUCGGUUAUUCAUUGGGUAGAUCUUGGGUAUUUAUACA